GGUCUUAUUUUUGUGGUAGACAGCAAUGACCGUGAACGAAUUCAGGAAGGAGCAGACGUGCUGCAGAAAAUGCUUCUGGAAGAUGAGCUGCAGGAUGCAGUGCUGCUGCUCUUUGCGAACAAACAGGAUUUGCCAAAUGCUAUGGCCAUCAGUGAAAUGACAGAUAAACUAGGUCUUCAGUCUCUUCGUAACAGGACAUGGUAUGUCCAAGCCACUUGUGCUACACAAGGAACUGGCCUGUAUGAGGGACUCGACUGGCUGUCAAAUGAGCUUUCAAAACGCUAAAUGAAACUGGAUAUCUAUCUAACCAAGGACAUGUUUGAUAGAAUUGGUCUAGGCUUGUUACAACAAAAUUAGUUUGCAUCUUGGUUAUUAAACAGUAUCUGGGACUGGUUUGGGCAGAAUAUUACAGCGUUUAAAACUUGUUUUGUUGCCAAUUAUUGUUUACCAAGUAUCAUGUUGCUAUUUAGCAAUAUGCUUGGUUUUAAAGAAAUUCUCCUUGGGAAAAAAAGUAUCCUCUUAAUUAUAGUUCCCUUAAGCCUAAGCUCCUGGACACCGCUGUUGUGACACUUUUAAAUGAAUCAGUUUUGAAUGUUUUUGAGCCCACAACAAAUAAUGUUUCAGAGUUAUCCCCUUGCUACUUUAUCAACACCAAUAUCAUUCCUGGGACAGUCUGCUGAUUUAAAAGUGUAGCAUUCCAUUUGUAUUUAUUUCUAUCCCUUGCCAAAAAUUUUUUCUAAUACUGCUUGGACCAACCAGGGAAAUGCUCCAAAACACUAUUCAGUUUUCUUGCACUGAGGAACUUCUUUUUCCCACCAUUACUCCUGGCUUCCAUCGGCCAAGCUUACCUUGAUGUGGUUUAGAUUUGGUAGUUAAGUGUGCUGGUUGCAAAGAGUUCGUAUUGAGAUGGUUUUUAACCCUCAGCAGAUUGUCUUCCUUUAUAUUGUUAUCUUUUUAUGUUGCAUGUUGCUUUUGGUAUCAGCCUGACUCUCUGCCCAAUAUAUGAUAGUUCUGCUGAUGUUUUAUUGUUUAUUGGUGAACAUAUCUUCAUUAAGAGUUUUUGAAAAUCUCAUCAAACACAAUGAAUAAGUUUUCUUCAUAACCAUUUGGAACUAUUCCUAAUAAAAUGAUAAAAUA